AUGAUGCAGGUACGUAGGCUGCUGCUGCUACUCGUGCUGGUGCUGCUGCUCGUACUGCUGCUUGUGCUGCUGCUCGUGCUUGUGCUGCUGCUUGUGCUGCUGCUCGUGCUGGUGCCGCUGCUGCUGCUUGUACUGCUGCUGGUGCUGCUGCUGGUGCUCGUGCUGGUGCUGCUGCUCGUGUUGCUGGUGCGUACGUGCGAAAGCGGUGUGAGAUACGUGUUCAACUGGAAGUAUACCGACGCACGGCGUGGCGUGCCGAACCUGGAGCUAAUACCGCCAUCAGCUGCUCAGGACCUCGUUCCAAAGAAGUCUGGGACAAGUUCGUACAAUCGUGUGGAGACGCUUCCCGGACUUGAUGCCUUCGCGGAUCGACCCGACUCCGACUUGGAGGCUCUUGCCCUGGGCCCCCUGUUGGCAUGGGCGCGUGCCAUCGUACCCCCCCGACAGCUGCCCUCAGUACCUAUCUUCCUGCUCGCCACGGCGGGCGUACGCCGCAUGCCGCCCGCCCGGCAGCAGCUCCUCCUGGAUCGAGCGAGAGGGGCGCUGCUGAGAUCCGGAUUUAGGUUCGAGCCCGAGUGGGCCCGGAUCAUCAGCGGCACAGACGAAGGAGUGUACGGCUGGAUCGCGACGAACUACCUUCGGGGCCAUCUAGACGGUCCCUCCAGCCUGGCAGUAGCACAUGCAGUGGCAGCAGCAGCCAGGGCGGGUGACACCAGUGCAGCGGCGGCUGUAGCGGCGGCGAUGGGCCGCCGCGGCAGCGGCGGCGGCGGGAGUGAGGUGGUUUCGGAGCGGAAAGAUGUGGACGCGGCGGCAGCGACGAGGUCUUCGGCGUCCUCCUCGGUGACCACUGAGGGCUCCCUGGAUCUCGGUGGCUCCUCCCUGGAGGUGACUAGUUUAUGUUUAUUUUGUACAAAUGUUUUGUGCAAGUGCUGUACAGAAGCGCCGGCGGCAGGCCAGUCAGUCCAGACGGCUAUGCUGGCGACGACGGCGGCGGAUAAGGUGGAGCAUCAGCAGCAGCAGCAGCAUGAGGAGGAGGAUGAGGAGGAAGGGCUACCCAGUCUGGGUCUGUUGUUAGGUCCCCGGUUCUACACCUUGCGGACGCAUACUUUUCAGAAAUACGGACUCAAUGACGCAUUCGACCGCUCCGUCAGCUUGCUGCUACAGCCCCGGCCCCCGCCAACCCCGCCCGCCCCGAGUCCGAGGGCCCAGCAGACGGGGGCGCAACGAGGUGGCGGUGCCGCCGGCGGCAGCGACAGCCAUGACAGCCUGCGAACAGGCGGCGGCAGCGACAGCCAGGACCAAGCUCUCCACGGAAAGGCCUUUCAGGCCCUUCGCCCGCAGCGCCCGGCCUUGCUGCGCCGGAAAGACCAACAGCCGCCGUCGCCGCCGUCACCGUCGCCGCCGCAGCCCUUGACGACUCAGAAGACAGAAGUAGCAGGAGCAGUAGCAGGAGCAGUAGCAGGAGGAGGCUUUUCCAGCAGCGUUGAGGGCGCUCGCGGCGGCGGCGGCGCCGACGGCACGGGCGGUACCGCCACCGCCAAGCUUCGCUCCCAAGCUGUCAUACUGGAGCAGCAGAAGCGCGACUCGGAGCGGAUCAUCCAGCUGGUGAAGGAGCAGCUCACAGAAGCACAGGAGCGCAGCGGCAGCGGCGGCGGCGAUGGCGAUCGUGCAGCGGCGGCAGCGGCGGUGUCCUCGUCGUCUCAAUCCAACAGUACUACUUCCGCGCAGGUACAACUUCGUCAGGCCCCUGCUGCUGCUACUGCAGCUGGCAGUGGCGGUAGUGUUGCUGAUGAUGAUGCAGGGAGAGCUAAUGAUAAGGCCCAAGGCACAGGUGUGGACGCAGGUUCCGGAGCCGCGGCCAGCGGUGGUAGCGGUAGCGGCGGCGGCGGUGGCUUAGAGGGAGGAGCUGGCGGCGACGCGGGCGCCAUUGGCCGAGCUCUAAUGGCGCGCAGCGCCGCCACCGCCGUCGCCGCCGCCAUUGCUGCCGGCUCCAGUAUUGAGUCCCGUGGUCAACGGAGGCUUAUAGAGCGGGGCUUCAGCAAGUCGUACACCCGCAUCCACCAGUACGGCGUACUGCCGGCUGUGUCCGAUGUACAGAUCCAGGGGAGUCCCGACUGGGGGGCGUGUCUGGCCCUGGUGGCCCGCACCGUGAACGCCUCCGCGGACUGCGGCGGCCGCCACUGCGUACUGGGCUCACAGCAACCGGCACUGAAGGGCCCUUUCGUCGCGCUUGCUGGCUUCUACGUCGUGUGGACGUUCUUCGGUCUUCAAGGGCGCGACAGCCCCAGCGCCGUGCUGCAGGCCGCCCGAGCUCAUUGCGGUCGGCCGUGGCGGGACGUGGAGGCGCGGCUGGGGCACCUCAUCAACGUGGAGAAGUACUGCCUGUGGGGCCCCUACGUGGCGCACCUGCUCACGGCCGGGCUGGGUCUGGAGCCGGAUGAAGUGACCAUUGGUUCGGGUGAUGUGGGCUGGCCUAUCGGUGCCGCUCUCGCUGAGGGCCUUCAACUUCCCGUCCUGGGCCCUCAGCUGCCGCUGCUACCGCGUCUUGCAUCCCGGCUGCUUCCUCCGAGCUGGGGACGCCACGAAGGUGCCCAUAGAGGUGCUGGGCGAGGAGGGGGGGGUGCUAUCGGCGGCCACAUGGCCGCCGGCGCCUCGGCAUCGGGCUCGGGUUGGGAGUCGUCGGAGGGUGUGGGUGUGGACCGGGGCGGGGAGGUAUUGAUGCCGCUGGGGCUAGGACUAGGCUGGAGCCUGUCGCUAAUAUUUUCAAUCUUCCUCCGACCGCCCUCCUCGCAGUUGUUAGGGAGGGAAUGUGGCACCACCGCCGUGCAUAUUGUGGGAUUGCGGUCCGCGAUCUACCCCAAAUGCAGUGUGACCUAA